CCCGCGCGAGUGCACUGCGAGGCGGGCCGCAGGGAGGGAGGCACCGAGAGGGCGCGAGGGUGGCAGCCGGAGCGAGCCUCCGCCCCUGCCCGCCCGGGGCCCCGUGGGGCGCAUGGGGUGCUUCGAGUCCGGAUCGCGUGCGGGUCUCGCGCCCAGCUGCCUGCUGCGGUGAGAAGCCGCGUCGGGACGUCCCCAGACCCCGAGCUGCCGGGAGGAUGACCAUGGCCGGGGGCAGGAGGGGACUGGUGGCCCCGCAAAACACGUUUCUGGAGAAUAUUGUCCGGCGGUCCAAUGAUACUAAUUUUGUGUUGGGGAAUGCCCAGAUAGUGGACUGGCCUAUCGUGUACAGCAAUGAUGGAUUUUGCAAGCUGUCUGGUUACCACAGGGCAGAAGUGAUGCAAAAAAGCAGUACCUGCAGUUUUAUGUAUGGGGAGCUGACUGAUAAAGACACAAUUGAAAAGGUGCGGCAAACCUUUGAGAACUAUGAGAUGAAUUCCUUUGAAAUUCUGAUGUACAAGAAGAACAGGACACCUGUGUGGUUCUUUGUGAAAAUUGCUCCAAUUCGAAACGAACAGGAUAAAGUGGUUUUAUUUCUUUGCACUUUCAGUGACAUAACUGCUUUCAAACAGCCGAUUGAGGAUGAUUCAUGUAAAGGCUGGGGGAAGUUUGCUCGGCUGACCAGAGCACUGACAAGCAGCAGGGGUGUCCUGCAGCAGCUGGCUCCCAGUGUGCAAAAGGGUGAGAACGUCCACAAGCAUUCCCGCCUGGCAGAGGUCCUGCAGCUGGGCUCAGAUAUCCUUCCCCAAUACAAGCAAGAGGCACCAAAGACUCCCCCUCACAUCAUCUUACACUACUGUGUUUUUAAAACCACGUGGGAUUGGAUCAUCUUGAUCUUGACCUUCUACACAGCCAUCUUGGUCCCUUACAACGUCUCCUUUAAAACCAGGCAGAACAAUGUGGCCUGGCUGGUUGUGGACAGCAUCGUGGAUGUCAUUUUUUUGGUGGACAUUGUGCUGAAUUUUCAUACCACCUUUGUUGGACCUGCGGGGGAGGUGAUUUCUGACCCCAAACUUAUCCGCAUGAACUACCUGAAGACGUGGUUUGUGAUUGACCUUCUGUCCUGUUUGCCAUAUGACGUCAUCAACGCUUUUGAGAACGUGGAUGAGGUUAGUGCCUUUAUGGGUGAUCCAGGGAAGAUUGGUUUUGCUGAUCAGAUUCCACCACCACUGGAGGGGAGAGAGAGUCAGGGCAUCAGCAGUCUCUUCAGCUCUCUGAAAGUUGUUCGGCUGCUACGUCUGGGGCGGGUAGCCCGUAAGCUGGACCACUACAUUGAAUAUGGAGCUGCCGUGCUGGUCCUGCUGGUGUGUGUGUUUGGGCUGGCUGCACACUGGAUGGCCUGCAUUUGGUACAGCAUUGGGGACUAUGAGAUCUUUGACGAGGACACCAAGACGAUCCGCAACAACAGCUGGCUCUACCAAUUGGCAAUGGACAUUGGCACUCCUUACCAGUUUAAUGGAUCUGGCUCAGGGAAGUGGGAAGGUGGUCCCAGCAAGAACUCUGUCUACAUCUCCUCGUUGUAUUUCACCAUGACCAGCCUCACCAGCGUGGGCUUUGGGAAUAUUGCCCCAUCCACAGACAUUGAGAAGAUCUUUGCAGUGGCUAUCAUGAUGAUUGGCUCACUUCUCUAUGCCACCAUCUUUGGGAAUGUGACGACAAUUUUCCAACAGAUGUACGCCAAUACCAACAGGUACCAUGAGAUGCUCAACAGUGUUCGGGACUUCCUGAAACUCUACCAGGUGCCCAAAGGACUGAGUGAGCGAGUCAUGGACUAUAUUGUGUCUACCUGGUCCAUGUCUAGAGGCAUCGACACAGAGAAGGUCUUGCAGAUCUGCCCCAAGGACAUGAGGGCUGACAUCUGCGUGCAUCUGAACCGCAAGGUGUUCAAGGAGCACCCAGCCUUCCGACUGGCCAGUGAUGGCUGCCUGCGGGCACUGGCUAUGGAGUUCCAGACAGUGCACUGUGCCCCAGGGGACCUCAUCUACCACGCUGGAGAGAGUGUCGACAGCCUCUGCUUUGUGGUCUCUGGCUCUCUGGAGGUGAUUCAAGAUGAUGAGGUGGUGGCUAUCCUAGGGAAAGGAGACGUGUUUGGAGAUGUGUUCUGGAAGGAAGCCACACUUGCCCAGUCCUGUGCUAACGUGAGGGCCUUGACCUACUGUGACCUGCAUGUGAUCAAGCGGGAUGCCCUACAGAAAGUGCUGGAGUUCUACACAGCCUUCUCCCACUCCUUCUCCCGGAACCUGAUCCUCACCUACAACUUGAGGAAGAGGAUCGUGUUCCGGAAGAUUAGCGACGUGAAACGGGAAGAAGAAGAGCGCAUGAAACGGAAGAAUGAAGCCCCCCUGAUUCUGCCCCCUGACCAUCCUGUCCGGCGACUCUUCCAGAGGUUCCGACAGCAGAAAGAGGCCAGGCUGGCGGCGGAGAGAGGGGGCCGCGACCUGGAUGACCUGGACGUGGAGAAGGGCAACACCCUCACGGAGCAUGGCUCAGCCAACCACUGCCUGGUGAAGGCCAGCGUGGUCACGGUCCGAGAGAGCCCCGCCACACCCGUGUCCUUCCAGGCGGCCUCCACCUCCGUGGUGUCAGACCACGCCAAGCUGCAUGCCCCGGGGUCCGAGUGCCUGGGCCCCAAGGGGGGUGGCGGCGACUGUGCCAAGCGUAAAGGCUGGGCCCGUUUCAAAGAUGCUUGUGGGAAGGGCGAGGACUGGAACAAGGUGUCCAAGGCCGAGUCGAUGGAGACGCUCCCCGAGAGGUCAAAGGCGUCAGGCGAGGCCACCCUGAAGAAGACAGACUCAUGUGACAGCGGCAUCACCAAGAGCGACUUGCGCCUGGACAACGCGGGCGAGGCCAGGAGUCCCCAGGACCGGAGCCCCAUCCUGGCAGAGGUCAAGCAUUCUUUCUACCCCAUCCCCGAGCAGACGCUGCAGGCCACUGUUCUGGAGGUGAAGCAUGAGCUAAAGGAGGACAUCAAGGCCUUGAACGCCAAAAUGACCAAUAUCGAGAAACAGCUCUCGGAGAUACUCAGGAUAUUAACUUCCAGAAGAUCCUCUCAGUCGCCUCAGGAGCUGUUUGAAAUAUCGAGGCCUCAGUCCCCAGAUUCAGAGAGAGACCUUUUUGGGGCCAGCUGAGAGGUUUGUUUAAAAAGGUCAAAAAAGAAAAAAAUAUCCGCACCCCUGCCCUAGACAACACCCCACCACACAUGACCAACAAUUUUCAAAGUGGG